GGUAUUGUCUUAACUAAUUCAGCCUGUAUGCCAGGAUUGUAUACACCAACCAUGACAACAGAAUCAAAUGUUCCAGAUACAAUGUCAGGAUUAAAUGGUUUAAACAUAAUGACAGAAUUAAAUAGUUCAAACUUGAUGACAAGAGUAAAUGCUCUAAAAACAACAACAGGAACAAAAUCAUUAAAAAGUUCAGACUUGAUGUGUUUAACAAGCCAAACUCGUAAAGAUUUGUUGACACCUUCAGAUGCCUUUGACAUAACAAAUGAAUCAAGGGGUCAAGCUUUGGUGACAGAAUCAAAUGCUUCUGACACAGUGAUAGGAUCAGAUGGUCAAGAUUUGAUGACAGGAUCAAAUUCUUUUAAUACAACAAAUGAACCAAAUGGUAGGGCUUUGGCAACAGAAUCAAAUGCGUCUGACACAACGACAGGAUCAGAUGGUCAAGAUUUGAUGACAGGUUCAAAUUCUUUUCAUACAACAAAUGAACCAAAUGGUCAAGCUUUGGCAACAGAAUCAAAUGCUUCUGACACAAUGACAGGAUCAGAUGGUCAAGGUUUGAUGACAGGAUCAAAUGCAUCAGACAUGAAUGCAAAUGCAAUAUUGGAUAAUUCAGAUAAAAUGACAAGAUGUUAUGGUUCAGACAAUAAUUGUAAGUGUUUUUCUUUGCUUUGUCCUGAGAAUCUUUUCCCAUGAAAUUUUUUGGGAAAAUAAGAUGCUUUUCGUAAUAUUAUAUGAUAUAUUCUAAUAUUCCUGCAAAUAUAACCUAUUUUUGGUGUGAAGUGAGUCUAUAUUUGGAGACUACUGUCCUCACAUUGACCAGUUGAUAAGAGAAUUGACAAGUCUCCUUUGUAGUAGAUGGAUUACAGCAAUAUAUAUAUAAACACAAAUAAAGGCAAUUAAGAUCAAAGAUAUAGGAGGUGACAAAUUAUGAUUUCUUUGCCAUUUUGAAUUAAGAUAAUCUCCCUAAAGAUCAUAGAUAUCACAAAUGGUUUCCUCAAAGGAGGUAUGACAUUUUAGGAUUUGUUGAAGAGAGCUAGGAACUGACAUGGAAUG